AUGAAUGAUUCUUCCUCUAAUUCCCUAGCCCCACCUCCUCCUUUACCACCUUUACCACCAUCCGAUGGAUCUCAAUCUUCCUCUCCUGCUCCAACAUCAUCCCUCUCUACCCAUGACUACAUAGAAUCGAGUAAAUCCCGCAUCGCCACCAUUACGUCUCACGAUAAACCAGAGUCUCCUGAUGGUGAUGCCACCGAUUCCACAAAACUAUCUCAAACCCAAAAAAUGCUUCAACAAUUAUUGAAAGACCCUUUAUUGUCGGAUCUGGCAAAAUUAAACAAUGAAGAUAAUAUCAGCUUGGAAGAAGUAGAUACUUUGAUCGCUUUGGAAACUGGUACUGCAUUCGAGAUAAGAGUUGAACGAGAUGGACUAGAACCAAUUGUGGUUCGGCAGAAUUCUACAAUUGCCGAUAUAAAAAAAUUAAUUAGAUUGAAGAUUGAACAUCAAAAAAAACAAAACGCGGAACUUGGUUCGAACAGAAAAAUCAGUUG